AUGGUACCUGCAAAUAUGCUUCUGUCUAUAAAGUACAAACCACAGAAGCCAAGUGCUUUGCAACAACAAAGUAAAAGAACCACCUUCAAGCAAAUAAAGGAGCAUCACUUGGGGAGAAAGAAGAAAAACCACACAGGGACCAGCUCUGAGCGAGAUUUCACAGGAGGAAUACAGUGCCCAAAUAGUAGUGCCCUACAGGAAACGCGCAGCUGUAACGAACACUCUUGCACUGUGUAUCAUUGGCAGACCGGCCCGUGGGGACAGUGCAUAGAAGAUACGUCUGUCUCUGCUUUCAACUCCUCUGCCAGCUGGAAUGGGGAGGCCACCUGUUCCGUGGGGAUGCAGACAAGAAAAGUCAUCUGUGUGAGAGUCAACGUGGGACAAGUGGGCCCAAAAAAAUGCCCUGAGAGCCUCCGACCAGAAACAGUGAGGCCUUGUCUGCUUCCCUGUAGGAAGGACUGUAUUGUGACUCCAUUCAGUGACUGGACAUUGUGUCCUUCUUCAUGUCAAGAAGGGGGUGUCACAGUAAAGAAGCAGUCUCGUCACCGAGUCAUCAUCCAGCUCCCUGCCAACGGUGGUCGCGAGUGCCCGGACUCCUUGUUUGAGGAAAAGGAGUGUGAAGUUUCUCCUGUCUGCUAUAGCUACAGGUGGAAGACCCACAAGUGGCGCAGGUGCCAGCUAGUACCAUGGUAUGUGCGCCAAGACAGUCCAGGAGCACAUGAGACUUGUGGACCUGGGCUACAAGCAAGAGCAAUUACUUGUCGCAGACAAGACGGAGGACAGGCUGACAUCAGUGAGUGCCUUAAAUACUCUGGCCCAUUGCCAUCCUUAACACAGACGUGCCAGAUUCCCUGCCAAGAUGACUGUCAGUUUACAAACUGGUCAAAGUUUUCUUCCUGUAAUGGGGACUGUGGAGGAGUCAGGACAAGAAAACGCACUCUUGUCGGAAAAAGUAAGAAAAGGGAUAAAUGCAAAAAUUCUCAGUUGUAUCCUCUGAUUGAGAAUCAGUUUUGUCCGUGUGACAAGUACAGUGCUCAGCCUGUGGGAAAUUGGUCAGACUGUAUUUUACCAGAGGGUAAGCUGGAAGUAUUGCUGGGAAUGAAGGUACAAGGAGACGCUAAGGAAUGUGGACAAGGCUAUCGUUACCAGGCCAUGGCAUGCUAUGACCAAAACAAUCGUCUUGUGGAAACAUCACGAUGCAACAGUCACGGUUAUAUUGAGGAAGCCUGUAUUAUUCCAUGUCCCUCAGACUGCAAGCUCAGUGAGUGGUCCAACUGGUCUCGCUGUAGUAAAUCUUGUGGGAGUGGGGUAAAAGUUCGGUCUAAAUGGCUCCGCGAAAAACCCUACAAUGGUGGAAGACCCUGUCCAAAGCUAGACCAUGUCAAUCAGGCUCAGGUAUAUGAGGUAGUCCCCUGCCACAGUGACUGCAGCCAGUAUGUAUGGGUUACCGAGCCCUGGAGUGUCUGCAAGGUGACCAAUGUGGACUUAAAAGAGAAUUGUGGAGAAGGUGUUCAAACGAGGAAAGUCAGGUGCAUGCUAAACACUGUGGAUGGUCCUUCUGACACUGUAGAGGACUAUCUGUGUGAUCCUGAAGAGAUGCCACUUGGUGCUAGAAAAUGCACGUUACCAUGUCCUGAGGACUGUGUUAUGUCUGAAUGGGGAUCGUGGUCUCGAUGUUCUUUGCCAUGCAAUGGAAGUAGUGUCCGUGAAAGGUCAGCUGAAUCCCUGAGACAACCAGAUGAUGGAAAGUCUUGUCCUGCUGCCACCGAGACAGAAGUUUGCACUUUGAACAAAAACUGCUACCACUAUGACUACAACGUGACAGACUGGAGCACAUGUCAGCUCAGCGAGAAGGCUGUCUGUGGUAAUGGUAUCAAAACACGGAUGCUCGAUUGUGUUCGCAGUGAUGGCAAAUCGGUUGACCUGAAGUACUGUGAAGAGCUUGGUUUGGAGAAGACAUGGCAAAUGAAUAUGUCCUGUGUGGUGGAAUGUCCUGUGAACUGUCAGCUCUCUGACUGGUCCCCUUGGUCUGAGUGCUCUCAAACAUGUGGCCUUACAGGAAAAAUGAUCAGAAGAAGGACCAUAAAUCAGCCAUUUCAGGGUGACGGGAGGCCUUGCCCUUCUCAGAUGGAGCAAUUCAAACCCUGUCCAGUAAAACCUUGUUAUCGAUGGCAAUACAGUCAAUGGUUUGCAUGCAAAGUAGAGGAUGCUCAAUGUGGAGAAGGAACACGAGUGAGGAACAUUUCCUGUGUGGUUUUUGAUGGAUCCAUUGAAGAUGUUGGCAAAGUAGUAGAUGAAGAAUUCUGUGGAGAAAUAGAGCCUAUUAUAGAUGGUAAUAAGAAGAUGAUACUUGAGGAAACCUGCACUGUCCCUUGUCCAGGGGACUGUUACUUGAGAGAGUGGUCAGAAUGGAGCCUUUGUCAGCUAACCUGUGUUAAUGGUGAGGAUCUCGGCUUUGGAGGGAUACAAGUCCGAUCUCGGGCAGUGAUCAUUCAGGAAUUAGAGAAUCAACAUCUCUGUCCAGAACAGGCUUUGGAAACAAGACCAUGCAAUGAUGGCCAAUGCUAUGAAUACAAGUGGAUGGCUAGCCCAUGGAAGGGAUCUUCUCGAACCGUGUGGUGCCAAAGGUCAGAUGGUUUAAACGUCACAGGGGGCUGUUUAGUGAUGCGCCAACCAGAUGCUGACAGGUCAUGUAACCCACCGUGCAGUCAACCCCACGCUUACUGCAGUGAGACUAGAACGUGCAGUUGUGAAGAAGGAUACACUGAAGUUAUGUCCUCCGAUGGCACACUCGAACAGUGCACUCUCAUCCCAGUGGUGGUGAUCCCCACCAUGGAGGACAAAAAGGGAGAUGUGAAAACCAGUCGAGCUGUGAACCCUACCCAGCCCUCCAGUAACCAGUCAGGACGAGGAAGGACCUGGUUUCUACAGCCUUUUGGGCCAGAUGGGAGGCUGAAGACCUGGGUUUAUGGUGUAGCUGCUGGUGCAUUUGUUUUACUCAUCUUUAUUGUUUCUAUGAUCUAUCUAGCCUGCAAAAAGCCAAAGAAGCCCCAGAGAAGGCAGAACAACCGACUGAAACCUUUAACCUUGGCUUAUGAUGGAGAUGCAGAUAUGUAA